GACACGGAAGAGUUUGAACGAGCAGCUUUAACUUUAUUUAAACCAUAAAUUUAAUCUGAUGUGUUCAGGUUUAAACUCAGGUUCAGUUAUUGAGUGAAAAUACCAACAGACUCAGACAUUUAGAACAAACUAAGAGUCAGAUCAGCAGGAACAGAGAACACGGACAUGUCUGCUGUAACUGCGUCACUCUGCUCCACGCUGAUGUUUGUCCUGUUCGUCUCUGCAGACCAGAAAAACAUCACAGCUGAGUCUGGACAGAACGUCACUCUGACAUGUCGAGCUCCAAACAACAAAAUCAUAGUUGUAGAGUGGAGCAGAGCUGACCUGGGAGAUAAACAUGUGCUUGUGUACCGAGACGGGCAGUUUGUUCCAGAUCACCAGCAUCCAUCUUUUAAGAACCGGGUGGAUCUGCAGGACAAACAGAUGAAGGAUGGAGACGUGUCUUUGAUUCUGAAGGAUGUGACGAUUAAUGACACUGGAACAUACAGGUGUCAUGUCCUCAUUGAAAAACCAUGGCAAUGGAGCAACAUCAGCAUCAUCCACCUUCAUGUUGCUCCUCCAGGUCAGACAGGAGGACAAGAGAAGGAUGAAGACAACAAAGAUGGAGGAAAGGAAGACAAAAAGAAGGAGGAUGGAUCUGUUGGACUGAUAGUUGGUCUGUCAGUUCUUUUUGUGCUUCUUCUUGUUGCUGCUGCUGUUGGUUUCUUGAUCUACAGAAAACAUAAACAACAACAGAGUGAGGAAACAAACCAGCCUCCUGUUUAAGUGCAGCAGGUUAAAAUGUUUCAGAGGUUUUUCCAGCGUUCAGUCUGCUGCUGCUGUUCAGAGUUCUGGGUGUUGUCAGUGUUUAAAAUCGUACAAAAACAGAUGAACUGAGCACAGACAGCAGGCUCACAGUACUGUAUGUUUAUUUCAGUUUUAUCUUUAAUGGCUGCUUCUGUUUUUGCUGACAGCUCAUCUCAGUGGACGAGUUUCGUCUUUAAAACAAGUCUUUACAUUUCAGCUCUGUAGUUCACUGGAACAUCCAGAGGGCUGUGACUACAAAUCAGCUUCAACACAGUCAGGCUUUCUUUGUGUUAGCUGGCUCAACUAAACCUGAAACUGCAGUCAGAGACAGCAGGUAUCACCAUGGUGAUUAUCAACUUUCUCUGUUACCCUGGCUCUCUGCUUCAGGCUCUGCACCACCCAAUCCAAUCAGAGACAUUGUGCAAUGAUGACAAAAUGGUUCCCUCAUUUCUCCACUAAUUGUACAAACCAUCUGUUUGUAGCUGACAGAUGGUUUGUACAUUUCUGAUUGCAAGGUAACUCUCCAAUGCAUUUGUCACUCAGCAGUAGGGAUGGGUAUCGUUUAGGUUUUAUCCAAUACCAGUACCAAACCGAUACUUUUGAAACGGUGCUCAAACCGGUGCUUAAAGAAUGGAGAACACAAACUUUGUCCA